CUGUUCGUUGACAGUUUCCCAGGGUUUGUUUUGUUUACAUGAGGUCAGCUAAGGUUAGGUAAUAAACUUGGCUAGCGAUGAUACGAUGAUGUCUCCUAUAAAGAGUUUUUUGAUGCUUGCAAGAUAUCGGUCUGCCUUCUGUCAGUUCAGAAAGAAUGUGAGAUGCUGCUCAACAUUACAAAACCUUACUAGUAUUAAAGAAUUGAGAGGAAGACUGCAUGACUUAGCUGGUGCUCAGAAAGCCUGGGGCACUGUAAGUGACCGAUCAGAAUUAUUCAACCAUUUGCCCAAAGACCAGUCCAGUCUAGAAGUCAAAUCAAUGAAGGACAGUUAUCAAGAAGCAUGCAUUCCAUUGGCUAGUAAAUCGUUCCUACGAGAAAAGUAUGUCAACUUUUCCAACACUAUACGGAUUGGACGCAUUCUGGAGGAUCUUGAUACGUUUGCUGUUUGGAUUAGUUACCAACACAACAAGAGGACGGGGGAAAAACAGUCACCUUUGGUGAUAGUGACAGCAUUGGUAGACCGUAUAGAUCUGGAUAGCACUGAAAUGUCUGCAGACCAUGACAUAAAGAUGACAGGUAAUGUUACCUGGACAGGUAGAUCAUCAAUGCAGGUAUCCAUGAAUCUGAUGCAGGUGCAGGAUGGAGUUAUGCGAAAUAAAUUGAAUGCAGUCUUUCUAAUGGUUGCAAGAGAUCCUGCCAAUAAAGGGUCGGCAUUUGUUAAUCCAGUGAAAGCUGAAACGCCUGAAGAAGAAGUAAUCUUAAUGGAAGGCAAGGCUCUCACACAAAAGAGAAAAGAACAAAGUCAACAGUCUCUCCUUAAAGUAGCCCCCAGUGUUGAAGAGAGCACCCUCAUACAUCAGUUAUUCAGCAACUCUCUUAGUAAGCAGACGGUUUCAUUUUCUAUUCGUGAGAAACCAGAAAACACUGUUUGGAUGGAAGAUGCAAAACUUAAGAACGUUAUAAUCUGUUUUCCAGAGCAAAGAAAUAUUUACAACAAAAUAUUUGGAGGUUAUUUGAUGAGGAAAGCAAAUGAAAUUGCAUACGCAGUGGCGUUGGUUCACAGCCAAUCAAAGGUGAUCUUUCGAUGUAUUGAUAACAUCACAUUUCAACGGCCGGUUGAAGUUGGUUCUUUGCUCUACUUGUCGUCUCGGGUCACUUACACUGAAGGAGAGUUCAUGCAGGUCAGAGUUCAUGCAGAAGUCAUGACCCCAGAAACAGGAGAACUUCACACAACAAAUUCCUUUAAUUUCACCUUAGCAUCUAAGAGCGUGGUUAAGCCUGUUAUUCCAAAAACCUAUGGUGAAUUUAUGCUGUACUUGGAUGGCAGACGACAUUUUCAAGAAUUCAAAGACAGCUAAUUUGUAACACUUCCAUAGCUGUUAGUUUAUUAAUUUCAUAAAUGAAGAUAAUGUAUUUAUUAUCAUCUUUUAUCGUGUGAUUUAUUACUAUACUAUAGUAGUAUUUAUUCAAAGCAAGCAAGGUAUGCAGUGCAUACCGUAGCUAAAUCUAAAAAAAAAUUAUAGUACAGUUUCUACGUUUUAUUUAGCAUUUCUUAGCCACAAUCUUCUAUACAAACCUUAAUUUUUCGAGUUAAUUGCUACAGUUCAUUGGAAUAGCAAAGUUUUUCAAUUUUUUGCCUACUUUGGUAUCUAGGAUACAUAUGACAGGUAUAGAAAAGAAACUUGUAUUAUUUGAAUUGAAAUUUACAGGAAUAGGCAUACAUUUGUAUUUUGACUAUAGAAUGCAAUUUUAGAUUAUGUACAGUAGGCUUAAGAACGUUUCCUACCAGGGGUCUUGAAUGUGAAGUGGGGAAUCAAUGAUUAGGUAACGGGGUGCUAACUCGCAAAAUAAGAUGAUUUGAGGUGAUUUUUAACUACUUGAACAUGAUUUGGUUGCGAGACUCGGGGAGAGGUGAGUAUUUUUGGGGGCCGUGUGUGCUCCCCUCGCACACCACUGCCUAGCGUACCCUGCCAUUUACUUUAUUUUGCAAUAGAGUGCCUUGAGAAUGAAUGGAAAAGCCAAGGAAGUAUACCACUUGGGCCCAUAGCUCAGUUGGUAGAGAUUCUGAAUGGUAUUCAGGGGGUCUAGGGUUAGUAACAAAAGGGGAUACAUUUUUAUAAUAAAAAAAAAAAAAUCCCAUAUCAUUUAUAUUCAUAACAAGGUUAUUUUAUGUUAUAACUUUUUAGUAUUAUGAGUUUAAUUGGGCAUAUGACUAUAAACUUUGAUAACUUUAGAAAUUCAAUUCAGGGUAAAAAUGGGGAAGCAUUUUCUACACCCUAGAUUUGCCAAAGAUUUGUAUAUAGUAUUUACAUUUUUAAGUUAUACAAUUAAAGGUACUAUCUGGCAAUGCUAUUAUUUUGGUGAGCCUGUAUUUCUUAUAAUGCAGCUUAUAAUAUGCCAUUACAUUUUACCAAAGUGCCUCUUUUGUUAAUUAGCUUCAGAAUGAUGCAGGUGGUAUUUUUAUUAUGUGCGAAAAAUUAAUACAGUUAAUGUUGAUUAGUAUGUUUACCUUAAGUCCUAGAUUUUUAAUACGGUAAUGACACUGUAUUUUCAAGUAUUUUAUUUAUUGACUAAAUGGUCAUUUUUAUUCUUAUAAUGAUGUACCAUGUUUAAAACAUAGUGUUUCUUUUGUUGAUAAAUUUUCCUAAAAUCUAUCUUGAUGUCAAUAUUAUGAAUUGAAUCAAAGCUUAAUUUUCUGCAGCUGAAUAAAAACAAAGGUAUACCUUAAUAGCACUUUAUAGCAUUUAGUAACAGCUUUUUAAUGUUAUUAAUUUCCUAUGUACAUCCCCUAAACAUUGCUACUUCCAGUCAGCUUAAAUCUUCAUUUUUUUCUCACCACUUACAAUUAACAGAAGCAUCAAGAACAUGCAUUUCAGUCAGGCAGCUUUAUUGGAACUGACAACCUUACAUGAUUUGUAUUUCAGUGCCCUCCAAAAGUAAAUUUACUCUGUGUACAAGAUGUGUAAUAUAUAUCAUAUUAUAUUACAUAAAUUACAAAAUGUAAUAGUUACACAUCUUUGCCAAUAAAACAACCCCCCUCCCCACAAAAAAA